GCAAUUAAAACCCCUAAAAAUGAUUCUAAAACUCCAAGCAUCAGAAGUAUCGCGCAGGAUUAUGGUCUUUUGGAAGCCACCCUUAGGUGUGCGAUAAAAAAUGAUGGUCCCCUCACUUGUCCGGGCCAUGCUAAAAUUCUAACCGAUCAUGAGAAGAAACAGCUUGUCAGUUACUGCUUGGCCAUGCAGAGACUUGACUUUGGGUUAACUAAAUCUGGUGUAAACCAGUGCGUUAUAGAUAUCGUUCGUAGAAACAGGCGACCUUAUCCUUUUGGUGAGAAUGGGCCAGGGCAAAAGUGGUGGAAGCGCUUCAUGAACGACUACCCUGAGCUUUCAUUUUGCAUCCCACAAGCCCUGAAUGAAGCAUGCGCCCAAAAAGCAAAUCCUAAUAUCGACGAAACAGGUUUUGUUAUUGAACCCAGACUUCAAAAGGUCUUAGCGAAAAAGAGCACACGUCAAGUCCAUCGGGUUUUAUAUGGCAGCUCUUAUGAACAUAUUUCCUUAUGCCCAACUAUUUCAGCUGCUGGAACAUACAUCCCACCACUCUUCAUCUUCAAGGGAAAACAAACAAUUCCAGGCCGUCUACGUGGCGCUUCUGCUGGCUCUGUCAUGGGAUUUACUGAGACGGG